AUGGCAGGGGGGCCGGGCUCGGGCUCGGGCUCGGGCCCAGGCCCGUCCGUGCUGUUCCUGCACCCGGACCUGGGCCUGGGCGGCGCCGAGCGGCUGGUGGUGGACGGGGCGCUGGCGCUGCGGGCGCGCGGCUGCCGCGUGCAGAUCUGGACGGCGCACUACGACCCCGCGCGCUGCUUCUCGGAGACGCGCGGCCUUGCGGUGCGGAGCGUGGGGGAUUGGCUGCCCCGCAGCCUCUUCGGGCGGGGCCACGCGCUCUGCGCCGCGCUGCGCAUGGCCUACGUGGCGCUCUACGUGCUGCUGCUGAGCGGCGAGGAGAUGGACGUGUUCGUGUGCGACCAGGUGUCUGCUUGUAUCCCAAUUCUCAGACUGGCCAGAACUCCGAAGAAGGUUUUGUUUUACUGUCACUUUCCUGAUCAGCUUCUGACCAAGAGAGAAUCUUUCCUUAAACGCAUCUAUAGAGCUCCACUUGACUGGUUGGAAGAGUAUACUACUGGCAUGGCAGAUUGCAUUGUUGUCAACAGCAAUUUUACAGCAAAGGUCUUCAAGAAUACAUUUAAAUCCUUAAACCAGAUUAAACCGGACGUCCUAUACCCUUCGUUGAAUGUCAGUACCUUUGAAACGAUUGUUCCUGCAGAUAUAGCUAGUAUAAUUCCCCAGGGGAAAAAAUAUUUGUUUCUUUCAAUCAAUAGAUUUGAAAGGAAAAAAAACCUAGCAUUAGCUCUGGAAGCAUUACAUGAUCUUCGUGGAAGGCUCGAUGCUCAAGAGUGGAAUGAAGUUCAUCUAGUUUUGGCUGGUGGUUAUGAUGAAAGGGUUUUGGAAAACGUGGAACAUUAUGAAGAGCUGAAGACUAUUGCGAACAAGCUUAAUGUUAGCGAGCAGGUCACUUUUGUGAGGUCUUUUUCAGAUGAACAAAAAAUCUCUCUUUUCAGUAACUCUGUGUGUGUGCUUUAUACGCCAAGCAAUGAACACUUUGGCAUAGUUCCUUUGGAGGCUAUGUAUAUGAGAUGUCCAGUUAUAGCAGUUAAUUCAGGUGGUCCUUUAGAAUCUGUUAUAAAUAAUUUUACUGGAUUUUUGUGUGAUCCUCUUCCAACACAAUUUUCUGAGGCCAUGGAAAAAUUUGUGAGAGACCCUGCCUUAAAGAAUACAAUAGGAGCAGCUGGAAGAGCAAGAGUUACAGAAAAAUUUUCUUCAGACGCUUUUACAGAACAGCUGUACCAAUACAUAUGUAGAUUAACACAAUAACAGUACUUAACACUCUGUAGUGUAAUUUACUGCUUUGUCAUGUUUGAUUUGUACAUGAGACAGUUGAUUAAACUAACAUCUAGGCUAGUGCAAGGAUGCUGAAAUAUUUAGAAAAUUUGAGUUAAUCUUUAAACUACACUUUUGAUAGUCUGUUUCAUGCCGGUUGGCACAAAAUAACAAGAUUUAGUUGAGGUGGACUUGUUUACCACUGACUACGUUGAAUUUUUGCUGCAUAUCAUGUACUGGAAGAUACUUUAAUAAAUUUAUUAGACUUCCUAGUUUAAACUGGGAAGAGUUAAAAUUAUGGCAAGUCUUCAGGUUGUAUAAGAUUAACUUUUUUAUUUAAACUUUCUUCUCUACACUUCCUAUGAAUUAACUUUACAGUGCAAUUCUUCUGUUGUAAUAGUAUGCACCAUAAUUUUCCACUUGAAUGAAUUUCUACUGAAAGGCUCUGCCAAUUCUGGUGUGGAUGUGGUCAUUGAAAAUACAGUGAGCUAUACAUAUGCAAUAAAGUCCCAAGGUUUUUUGUUGUUGUUGUUUUUUUUUUUUUUUUUUAAAUGCCAGCCUGUAGUCUGGUGAUCUUGGACAGUCUUAAACUGUCUAUUUGUCUGUGAACUCCUGUCCUUAAACUGUAUCACCUAAUCAUCUCUGAUCCCAGUAACUAGCUGUUGUUCUUGGAGCAGUAGCAGAGGGCAGAGAGAAAAGGAUGAAAACAAGGAUGUCAAAAUCCCUCAGACAAAAAAUGGGGUCAGGAUUUAACCCCAUUUUCCCCUCAAAAGUCACUGAAAUCUUCUUGAAUAUCAGCUGUUAUACUAAAUGUCUACAUCUACUGAAUUAAAGUGCUACAUUUCAUUUUAUCUAUUAGAAGCGUGUCUUAAUACAGCUUUCCUUUGUGGAUUUUCUGAUCCCCACAUAACCAGAUAGAUAUGUAGAAAAAGCCUUGACGUUUUUUCCAUUUCCUUUCAAGAUGUAUCCCAUAGUCUUGGGUUGUGCAAAAAUGGUAAUUUGAAUGAAUAUUUCCCACAAUCAAAAUGUCAAAUUGAGUUUUUAAAAGAGACGGUAGUAUGUCCAUCCCUGCAUAAAAGUUAUGUCUUUUAAAACUAAGAUGGUGGAUGAAGUCAUAGUGAGAAAAGUAUACAGUCCUCUGUUUUGGUUUUUAGAAAAAUCACACAGAGCAAAUAAAUGCAUGAAGUUAACUAACAGCCUUAGAUAUAGAUUCUGCAAGCUUCUCUGUUCAGGGAGACGUCACUGUGAAACAGGUCUUAGAUAUGUUUUGAUACAUUGUACACUAUAAGAACCACUAUAUAUCAGAACAUCACUUGAAAAGAUUCUAAGGGACUGCAUUUUGUGGCUUGCUAGAAAUUUGCUUCUAAGUUUAUAUUUUUUGCACUGUAUACAAGUUAGUUAUAUUUUGGUCUGAAAUCCUAUUGAGGGGGGCAAAUAUUAACUCAUUAAUUUGAGGAUAAGGAAUAUCAGAUUUUAUAAAUACCUCAACUCAUUUUACUGAUCUUUGCAGGCCCAAUUCACUUUAUUUAACUUCAUCUGGUAUAGUUUUUCAUCUACAACAAGGGUUCUCAAACUGGGGUUCGGAACCCCUCAGGGGGUCACAAGCUGUCAGCCUCCACCCCAAACCCCACUUUGGCUCCAGCAUUUAUAAUAGUGUUUAAAUAUAUAAAAACGGGUUUAAUUUAUAACAAGAGUUGCACUCAAAGCCUUGCUAUGUGAAAGGGGUCACCAGUAGAAAAGUUUGAGAACCACUGAUCUACAAUAUACUAUUUGUACGUGAUGGAAUAAAAUUGAACUUAAUUUUGUAAAUGGAUAUGUAACUUGCAUAAUUCUCUGAGGUUUAGGUUCUGUACUUACUCUGUAUGGGCUCUCUGUGUACCACACUGUGUGUACGCUUUUGGGAUAGUUAACCUUUAUUCCAAGGUGUCUCUAGAAGUCAUCAGAAUUUUAGAAUUGAAUUGCUGUUUGAAUUAUGCAGAGAUUUUAACCUUUCCAUUGUUAAGACUGCAGCCUAAAUCCUACUGUAACAAGUUUUUGUUUUACCCUUCCUCACCUUUUAAGUAAAUAAAAUCCACUGGAGGCUGCAUGCUGCAGUAGCUAGGGCACUGGAAUGGGAGUCAGACAACUUGGAUUCUAGUCCCCACUCUGCCACUGAUAUGUGAAGUUCUAGUAAGCCCCCACCAUGCAGCCAGAAGUCUGCUGUCCCUUAAGCCUCAGCCUUCCUUCUUCACCUCUUUUCCUUUCACUGACUCUUUAAGCUGACAAAGUUAAAACAUGUAAAGUUUUUAGAAGGGAAAAAUUCAUCCCUUUAAAGUAAAUGAAAAAGUGAAAAGGACUUGUAAGAGGAAGAAGGGGAAGCUGGUCUCUAAUGUUCUGCUAAGCAGGCACCUUUUUCAAUGAACUGAGACCUUCGGAGGCAGUUGUUAUGGAUGGGUGAGAGGUGAAGAGGAGGAGAGAUUUUGGGGUGGUUGGUGCCUAUUUCUACACAGAUCCAAGCCCCCUGCUGCAUAAUUUAGGUCUAAUGAAUCUUACAGGGCCUUGACAACAAACAACAUUGAGUGUUAAGUAUACCAAUAUCUACUAGAUAGCAUUCAUGGAUGGCAGCUUCAACUUUAAAAUGAUCAGCAUUUUAUUGAACUCACUAAUACAAGUCAUGCAAACUCGUCAGUGGUGUGUAUAUAUACUUAGUUGAAAUUGCUUGCUGGACUUUGCACCAACCGUGGUGCGAUGUUGCAUCGGAUUGUCACUGACAGUUGCAGUAAUGCUGGGGUGAUGUAUUGCAUUGUGUUUAAACUGUUUUCUUUCUGUGACAAUUGCAAAGGCACCAGGGAACAGUUAAUGUAAUGAGAAUAUAAUUACAAAGCCCCCUUGUACCUUAA